AUGAGCUUUCUUGAUUCCGUUCUCUCGUCACUUCAGACGGGAAAGCCUUCCCAACCCCCACUCUCCCAGGCGCCCGCUCCAUCUGUGCCCGCGCCAGCUCCUAAAAAAGAGGAACGAAAACCCAUCGCUGUGCGGCAGGCGCCCCCAGCCAGUGGGAAUGCGGGCGGAGGGAUCAAGCGCAAGGCCGAGGACCAGCUGCCUCGGCCACCAAAACCUGAAAGCAAAGUGGCAAACAACUCUGCUGGGAUGAAGUCUAUAUCUGCCACAAAGCCAAUGGUCUCAUCUGCAGCACCAAGGGCCGUGCCAAAGCCAGCCCCUACCACCAGCUCCAGGCCAGCACUAUCCAAGCCCAUCCCCAAAUCUACCCUGUCUACGGCCACAAAAGUAGCACCUGCACCAAAGGCGCCUAUCAAGUCUACCACGCCAGUCGCAUCUACGCCCUCCAAGCCGCCACCAAAGGGCUCGUUCGCUGAGAUCAUGGCGCAGGCAAAGGCCAAGCAAGAAAUGGCGCCUGUUGGGGUAGGUAUGCUACGACACCAGCCUGUGCCCAAAGAAAGACUCACCAAAGUCGAGCGCAAACGACGCAUGAUGGAAAUGCAGGCCAAAGAAAAAGAAGGGCGUUUGGGAAGGAAGGCUGGAGCUACUGUUGCAGCCAAAAACAAGCCUGCUGCCAGACAGCGCGAUUCAGAGGGACCCUCCUACAAAGGGACAGCAAAGCCAACACAGACCUCCGAAACACCUGCCUACCGUGGAACUGCGGGCCUGCCAUCCAGCCGCGGUCAAAAUGACCGCCGACACCAGUCUCGCAAUUCUCGACAGAACGAAUAUCUCGGAACUGACGAGGAGGAUGAGGGUGACUAUGGUGCAGGCUACGAUGAUUACUAUUCUGAUGCAUCGUCCGACAUGGAGGCUGGAAUGGACGACAUGGACCGCGAAGAGGCGGCCGCGUUAAAAUUUGCAAAGCAAGAAGACGAAGAAGAGCUGCGACAGGAAAUGGCGGCCAAGAAGGAGAAGUUGGAGCGUCAGCGGAAAUUGGCUGCUCUUGCGUCCAGGAACAAGCGUUGA